UGUGGAAAACUCCCAAUUUAAUCAAAAGAAGUGAUAAGUAGACAAGUAUGGAGGAUUCUAGACCCGAGACAGAGUCAACUACUAGCCAUCCAAACCAUCAGGACACUACUAAAGACUUUACUCAUCAAUUAAAUCCACUCACAGACAGUGCUAGUACAGCAGAGGCAAGCUAUGUCGCCCCAGGGAGAGCAUCUUUCAUCCUACCUGAGACAGUACAGUUUGGCUAUCAUGAAAUCAGCCACUCGAAACAAAUGAUCAUCUCUGAUGACAGACUGAGUGCCACUAAGAGUGACCCAGCCUCACAGUACGCCCACGGUGUCUGCUAUGGUGCUAUUCCACUGAGGGGUACGGCAGAGUUUGAAGUUGAGAUCAUAUCAUACGGCACUGGAUGGUCGGGGACUAUGAAGCUUGGAGUGAUGCGCUGUAAAGCUGACAGUAAGAUCAGUGUACCUCGCUACUCACCUGAAGGCCCCGAACAUGUUGUGUGGAGCUCUACUAAAAUUCACAAUCGAUUAUCGGGUGGACUGUCUAUGGGCGGACCCAAUGUUGAUGAGACUGAGAAACAAUAUAGUACUGUGAAUUUAGAUGAUUUAACUGUUGGUAGUCGAUUGGGAUUUCGUUUGUCUUAUGAUGGAGCUCUGAGCUUCCUUGUGGAUGGGAAGUCACAUGGUGUUGCAGCUGAAAAUGUGUACCUCAAGGCUCACGAUGUGUACGCAGUGGUGGACCAUUACGCUAAUUGCAAGGCUACACGGAUUACAAGAGCGGCUAUGAGAGUGGACCUAAACCUCCAGGAUCGAUGUGUAGAACUAUUAGCCAGCUGGUUGAAAUCAAAACAAGAUGCCAAAGAACUUCCACUACCAUUAAGACUCAUAGAGAGAUUAGUACAGUCCAUUGACAAAUAGCAAUUUAAAUUAUUUUGUGUUCAAAUGUCUCACUGAUUUAUUAUACAACUACUGAAAUAAUGUGAAGAAUGUAAUGUGCAAAUAAA